GCAGAGGAAUGCAGCUGAACAAUAAUACACACACAACACGACCCCCAGAAUCAGUGGGCGCCUGGUCUCGUCUCGUUCAACGAUUAGCAGCGCGCACAUCGUAAGGUGAGAGAGACGUGUGUGUGUGUUUGUAGGCCAAUACAGGCCAGCGAGAUACUACAACUUGUUACAGCAGCCCCAUAUUGCUGUACGUAAAACUGUUAACAAUUCAUCUGACCUCGAAUCAUGUUUUGAUACCUCGAAACUAUUUUACCCUUCUUAAAAUGCAUGUAGUUCACAAGCAUGUACAGAAAGUUGCUGUUAUGAUUUUAAUUUCAGGAAGCUACUUGAGCCAUACAUGGAUCAUAGCCAAGCCUAUCUUUCUUCGCUUCUACCCCGCCGAGGGGCCGUCGACAGGCUUCCGCUGUGCAGCAUUAUUGCCCGCAACAUAAAUGCUUCCAUGGCACAAACUUCAUGCAGCGCACACGCACACAUCCGUACGGCGGUGCGCGAGAGCAUACCCGAACACACCAACAUAACCUCGAACGGCAGAAGAGUGAAACGGCACGAUUGCUGCGUAACACAUACGUGCGUGCGUGCGAGAGAGAGAGCAGACUCACGAACGGGACUCGCGAGUCCGUACCCACUGGAAACCAUCAUGCGUAGAUGCAGUUCUCCCAGUUCUCACUCUGGCCCGAGCCGUUUUACAGUUGUGUCUUCUCUGAUCUCUUCUCCGGGACGCACGCACGCACGCGAGCUUACCACGUCCAUCCGUCCGCCGCCGUCGUCGUCGUUAUUCGAAUCGAUUUUUAACUCAGGGCGCAGCCAUCUUACGGUGGUGCCUGCAGCAGAGAAGAGUGUGCUCACGUCACCGUUCGAAAGUGCAAAAGUGUUUCGAGUUUAGUAGUAAAAGGUGGUGUGGUAGUGCCCAACGCUGCUCUCACAGCGCAUUUGUAACAACAUCGUCAGCCCUAUUCUGCGCCAGCGGUAGCAGUGAGUGUGUUGUGAGGUGAAUUCGUUCGAACAGCGAACAGUUUUGUGUUAAACAGAAUAAAUAGUGUUGCACUGUGUGGAAAAUCACGAAUAUGAAGGCCAUCACGACCAUGUGUGCGAAGAAUGGUGGUGGUGCAUCGCUGCCGGCGAUUGCGACGGGUCGAGUGCAGCGCCACCGAGAUGGUGAAAACGAUGAAAUCAAGCUGUAUCUGUCGAAGCUGCGGGAGCUGGUUCCGUUCAUGCCGAAAAACCGCAAACUGUCCAAGCUCGAGGUUAUCCAAAACGUUAUCGACUACAUCUGCGAGCUGCAAAAUGCACUCGAUUCGCAUCCCGCGGUCAACAGCUUCGACUCGUUGGCGGUGCUCCAGCAGCAUCAGCAGCAGCAGCAGCAGCAACAACAGCAAGUUGGAUACAUGGUGGAAUCAAUCGAUACUGUACCGGCGCAUCCAGCAGCAGCAUCCAGGCAACCACUGGCGACCAUCUUGAGCAGUGGGAGCAAUGUUGCCGCCUCUAAUAUUAACGCUAUUGGCGAGGGACUACAACAGCCUUGGCAAUCCUCCUCCUCCUCCUCCUCCUCCUCCUCCUCCUCCUCCUCCUCCUCCUCCUCCUCCUCCUCCUCCUCCUCCUCCUCCUCCUCCUCCUCCUCC